AUGGCAUCUGAGUCCUUGCAACGUAUCUUAAGCGACGCUUCCCAGACUGACGCGCUUAACAAUGUCCGCCAAUACAUCCCCCGGCAUGUCUUGGAUACGAAUGUCACAAGGGAAAGUGUCAAAGCAGCACUGAAGAAGUCGACUGCGAAAUGGAAAAUCUGGCCUUUGUCAACCAAAAGCAUCGUAGACACCGUUGUUUCGAACAAUCUAAAGUUGGUAUUUGUGAUACUGUUAUAUCUCGACGUCCCUUGGGAUGUCAAAAAGUUCCAUGAAGCCGGAUUUACCGAUGCAGAUCUGCCCAUGGAAAAGAUGGUAUCGAAACAAGGUGAUCGUCUGCAGUCCGGGCUUGACUCCAAGAAGCUUUUUGCACCUCCUAAGCAUUGGAACCUGCAAGCGGAAAACUUCGUCAGCAAGCAGUGGGUGAUGAUGGCACCCAUCUUUGGCAGUUCGGGGGAAUACCAGAAGCUCCAUCCCUUAUGCCCAUUGCCUCUUACCCAGGCAGACGGAGUCAUCCACAGUGCGCGGAAUGUGGUCUACAAGGCGGAGAUACAAUCGUCUCAUCAGAGAGGAUUCGAGGCUCAAACAUCUUCUCUUAAAAUUGCCAUUAAGGAAUUCAGACACAAAGAGGAUUUCAAACAAGAACGAUCAAACCUCAGUGCACUUCGCACACUCCCCAAUACCAAGCAUAUUGCGCAAAGUCUCGCGGCAUAUUCGCAAGGGAACAGAGAUUACAUCAUUUCUCCUUGGGCCGAGGGUGGGGACCUAGACAAUUUCUGGCAAACAUCACACAAAGGUGUGACCCGAACAUCCAAGCUGGCUCUGUGGAGCCUGGAUCAGAUGCUGGGCCUUGCGAAUGCUCUCUAUGCUCUACACGAAGAGCUCGGCGAUGCUGUUAACUGCAGACACGGUGAUCUGAAGCCCGGCAACAUUCUUCACUUCACAGUGGACAAAGAACAGGGUGACUUUGGCAUUUUGAAGAUUACCGACUUCGGAAUCUCGCGCAUUCAUCAGGAGGCAACUUUUGAUAGGCUGAAUAAGCCGACAAUCACGGGAGCAACAUCACCUUCCUACGAAGCUCCUGAAGCUGUAGCAUCGCAGGCCGCUAGGUCCCGCAAGUACGACAUCUGGUCUAUUGGAUGCAUCUUUCUUGAAUUCGUCAUCUGGCUCGCACAAGAUUGGGAUGCCGUUCAAAGCUUUGCCAAUGCGAGGAAGUCGACCUCGGCGCAUGCGGGUGGUGCGAUACCGUCGCACUUCUACAGAAUCGACGAAGACGAAGCCGUCGUACAUCCAGAGGUCUUCAAGAUUAUCAAAACUCUGGGACGAAUACCACAAAGUGCUCCCAACACUGCACUCGGAAAGCUUUUGAGCAUCAUCAAGGAAGAUCUCAUCAAGAUCAACUCGGCUGACCGGACUGAUGCCAAGGGACUUUGCAAUCAGCUCGAAGCAAUAGUGUCGAAAGCCAGGUCUGAUCCUGUAUAUCUGUGGGACUCUAGGUAUUGA